AUGUCGAUGGCGAGAAUGAAAGAAGGGCAACACGUGGACACUCUGCCGUUCGGGGAUCACAUGGCGGCUGUCUCUCAUGCGUCGUGUUCACCUGGCGUGCAUGUGACCGAGAAAGACAGAGAGCAUUUAUGUGACAUGUUCAACAGCGCAGCACACGGGAUGUUCGACCAUCACCUCCAUCACCUUCACCAGCACCAGGACGGGGCAGCUGCAGCAGCCAUGCAUCCAGGCUACCCGGGGGCCUACGGACAGGCCAGCAACCCUGCAGCACGGGAACCUCCCGAUCUCAACAAUAAGGAUGGAAAGAAGGCUGUUGCUGUCCAAGGCGCCGGCAUCGACGACAAGCAAAAGAAGAAAAAGAAGAAGCUGCAAAAGGCCCUGGGCAAGGGCGGCGUCAAGACGGAGCGAACCGACGAAGAACGCGCCGCCGCCAACAGCCACAAGCCCUACGCGUGUUCCUUGUGCGGGAAACGACUCAAGUCCGCCACUUCGCUCAUGUAUCACGAGCGGACGCACAGUGGGGAGAAGCCGUUUGAAUGCGUUGUUUGUGGCAAACGAUUCGCUGCCGGCUCGGGUCUCAAGUACCACGAAAAGGUGCACACUGGGGAAAAGCCGUUUGAGUGCGUCGCGUGUGGACGCAAGUUCACCGUGAGCAAUCAUUUGCAGUAUCACAUGCGUGUGGUGCACAGUGGGGAGAAGCCGUUUGAGUGUCGCGUUUGCGGCAAAGAAUUCCCCAUGAACUACGCGUUGAGGGCGCACGAACGGACGCAUACGAAGGACAAAUUGCUCGAGUGCGGAUUGUGCGGAGAGGAUUUUGCGGACCGGAAAACCUUUAAUAAACACGUGGCGGAGAAACAUCCGCAACACGUGCACGCGGAUCCCUCGUCCGUUCCGGCGAUUCAUCCCAAGCGACACGGCCCACACAAGAAGAAGCGGAAGAUAAAGGAAGAGCAUGAAGAUGGGGAUCCUCUGGCGGUGGCAGCAGGAGCAGGGACGUCGUCUGCGUCGUCCCUGUUGUUGCUCAACAACGGCGGCGGCAAUUCUCUGCAGGCGCCUCACGCCCUGUCACAAUAUCAACUCGACCAGCAUUUGGUGAAUGGCGUUGGAGCAGCCGACAGGAAAACGGGGAUGAACCACGACGAAGAAGACGGAGACGAUGAAGACGAAGACGACGAUGAGGAUGAGGACGACGGAGAUCGAGUUGUCGGUGGUAAUAACGGCGCCGCGGGAUCUGGUGGAGCGGAAGGCGGACCGCAAGCUGUGCCGCCGCCGGCGGAUCGAUUGGACCGUUGCCGAGUGUGCGGGAAUUCGGCGGAUUAUUUGUGCCUGCAGUGUCGGAGUGUGGCGUAUUGUUCCAGCUUUUGUCAAACGAAGGAUUGGAAGUGUCGGCACGACCGGGAAUGUAAGAACUUUCAGCGACUCGGAAACGGCGGCAGUGCGGCGUCCAAUACCCACGGCAACAAAUUAUCUUCGUCGUGA